AUGGUCGAGUACGUGUAUACCGACGUCCAUAUGAACGCCAUUCUUCAGCUACCAUACAAGAAGUCGAAAGAUUUGGUGGUGGGUCAGUGGGUUUGGGGCGGAAUUAGUCUUGAUGAAAGAACCGAUCUUGUCAUAGUUCCAGGGGCUCUAACCGCUGAACGGUACAUUGAUCUCAUUCUAGAAGAUCAUGUUAUACCAGCCGCUUAUGCUUUGAAGUUCCUGAAAACUCACCGAGGCAUCGGCACCACGAGGAGGAACGCCUCCUCCAAUACGGGUCUUUGGCCGUCGGUCUUCAACCUGGCCGCUAAGGCCGAUAUAUUUGCGAAUGCAACGUGCGGACAACGAGGCCGGGAAGAAUUCUGUCGCAUGACGGACAACGGAAAAGGCCGGUGCGGCAUCUGCGACAAUGCCAGCUCAGACCCCGGCAAGCGCCACUCCAUCAACUUCGCCAUCGACGGCACGAAUAAGUGGUGGCAAAGCCCUGCGUUGUACUACGGCCCGCAGUACGAAUUUGUCACCGUUACGAUCGAUCUCAAACAGGAAAGAAGGUUCCCUCAGCAAGCCGAAGGCACUAAGAGGAAAAAAGUGAAUGUGCUACCUGGUAGAAGCAUUUACGUUUCGGAUAUUCAACCAGAAGCUACCCCUGGACCAAGUCAAGUUACGAAAAUUCCUUCAGAAAAGCGAAGACGAAGAAUUUCUAGUGACUCUGAGUCCUCCUGUAAUUUUUCCAUUUAUUCGGAGACUGAGGAUUACUGUGACCUUGAUGAGGAAGUUGCCGAUCAAGGUCACCUUGAUGAGGAAAUUACCGAUGAAGGUCUGACAACACCAAACAAUAACACGACAAUUGACCAUAUUAACAAUGGAAACUUUGUUUUAUUUUUAUAUGAAAACCAAGUUUACCCGGGACAAGUUAUUCAAAUUAAAUUAAAAGAAAAUAAGAAAACAUUUAAGAUUAAAUCUCUUGAAAAAAGUGGACUGCAUCAAUGGAAGUGGCCUUCGUCUGAAGAUGUCCUUUGGUAUGAACCUAAAGACAUUAUAGAGCAACUGGAGAAAGGAUCUACUGACAUCGCAAGCUUCGAGCUUACGCAACAGUUUACGGUGAUCAAGCCUGUCAAAUGCCUUAGAGAAGUCAGUAUAGAUAACGUCCACCUGAACCCUCCUAUCCAGCGUUUCGGCAAUAAACUGGGUGCUACAUACAUGGUUCGACACUGUGGAUCUGCUCUUUAUGAAUCCAUGCUGCUCGGGAAUUAUCAGGUGUAUCAGAUCGCUUAUGUCAUCGUCAAGGCGGCAAAUUCACCUAGGCCUGGUACGUGGAUACUUGAAAAAUCCAUCGACGGCGAGAACUUCGAACCCUGGCAAUACUUCGCCAGAAGUGACAGAGAAUGUAUCGAACGAUUUGGGAUCCCGGCGACUAAGGGAAAACCUCAUUAUUUCACCGACUCCGAAGUCAUUUGUACUUCGUUCUAUUCGAAAUUGACUCCAAUGGAAAACGGAGAGAUUCAUACCUCCUUGGUCCAUGGACGACCGGGAGCGAACGAGACGAGUCCGGAAUUAUUAGAGUUUACGAAGGCCCAAUACGUCCGUCUUCGACUAAUGGGUUUAAGAGGCACUCAGGAACCAUUGCCCCGAUGGUUUACACAGGAUAUCUGGAAGGAUAAAAGGCUCUUCUACUCAAUCAGAGAUAUAAGUGUUGGGGGUCAGUGUGUCUGCAAUGGUCAUGCCGAGAAUUGCCGCUACAAUGUAGCUUCUGGGCACCCCGAGUGCGAGUGCGGCCACAACACGUGCGGCCCGAACUGCGAGAGGUGCUGUCCGAUGUUCAAUCAGCGCCAGUGGGGUUCGGGCACCUCCAGAGAUGACCGCCAGUGCCUGCCCUGUAAUUGUCACGGACACGCCACCAGCUGCCACUACGACGAGGACGUGGACAAGAACGGGCUCAGCAUGGACGUGCACGGGAAUUACCAAGGAGGAGGAGUCUGCGAUAACUGUUCGGAUUAUACCGCCGGUAUAAACUGCGAGCACUGCAUGCCAGGGUAUUUCCGGCCGGAGGGGGUGCCCCCCGAAGCCAAGCAGCCCUGUUCGAGGUGCGAGUGCGACCCCACGGGGUCCGCGGGCACGUGUGUGCAGUAUGGGGCCGAGGCCGGGCGCUGCGACUGCCUACCUGGUUACAGUAGCGAAAGAUGCGAUGCUUGCGCCCCCGACUAUAGGGGAUUCCCCAACUGUGAGCCCUGUCCGUGUGACCCGAAGGGAGUGCGCGGGAUGGGCGACUGCGAGGGAGACUGCGUGUGUAAGAUCCGAUCUCUAAAGGACUGGCUCAUUACCGACUUAAAAGUAACCAAAGUUGUGAAGCCCAACUGGAACGGUCAAAGCGUAUUCUCGUUGGGAAACUACGAGUUUUCCGGGAUUACAUCCCUUUACUGGUUUGCACCUGAAGAAUAUUUGGGGAACAAACUCGAGGCUUACAACUCCAACUUCCUAUUUAAGGUCCAGUGGGUGGUGAUGAGGGGGGACACCAGCGGCGAGCCGACCCUAGGUCCGAAUAUAAUUCUCGUGGGCGGCGAUGGAUUGAAGAUAGCCCACGGAAGCGAAGCGUACACUUCGGACUCGAUGGCUUUUGAAAUAAAGCUUAACGAAUCCGGCUGGUAUGUUCUGUCCAACGAUGUGACAGAUAUUCCAACGUUAGACAAUGCUAAAUAUCAGGGAAGAUCAGUAACACGAGGAGAGUUUUUAAGGGUUCUGAUGAACCUCAAAUAUAUUUUACUUCGAUGCACCUUUCAUAUGGACCAAAUAGAGGCGCUGUUGGAAGACGCUGUUUUAAAUUUAGGGAACGAUAGCGAAUACUACAGCAGCGUGGAAAAAUGUUCUUGUCCUUCAGGUUACACUGGAUUAUCGUGCGAGACUUGCUCCUUCGGCCACGUCAGGAUCUACGCUAAUACCUCGAACAGCCAGGAACAAGGAUUUUGCGGAAAAUGCGACUGCAACGGCCACUCUGAAACUUGUAAUCCCAACACCGGUGAAUGUUUCUGUCAGCACAACACGAUUGGUGAGAAAUGCGAGCGCUGCGCUCCAGGCUACUACGGAAACCCGCUGCGAGGGACCCCCGCCGACUGUAAGAGAUGUGCCUGUCCACUGCCGAACCCGGAAAAUAACUUCAGCCCCAGCUGCCAGCUCGAUUACUUCGCUGAAAGGGUGGAGGAUGAGGGCAAUUACGUGUGCACGCAGUGUCCCAAGGGAUAUACGGGCGAUCACUGUGAUAUAUGUGACGAUGGAUAUUAUGGAAAUCCGUUAGAAAUAGGAAAUAGCUGUCGACCGUGUGACUGCCGUGGUGGCCCGUGCGACAGAUUAACGGGACAGUGCCUAAGUUGUAAGGGAAACACUGAAGGUUGGAAGUGUGAAAGAUGCAAACCCGAACACUACGGCGAUCCGAUCUUAGCGAACUGCAAGGCAUGCGAAUGCGACCCCAUCGGUUCGACUACAAAACAGUGCGACAACGUUACCGGUCAGUGCCGGUGCAAGGAACGAUUUACUGGACGGACGUGUUCCCGAUGUGAGGUUGGCUACGGGAACGUCACGGCGCUGUGUACGGCGUGUAGCUGCGACCCAAUUGGAUCCAAGUCGGAUAUUUGCGACACCCAUUCGGGAAUGUGCGAAUGCCGAUCGGGAGUUGAGGGAUUUCAUUGCGAUGCCUGCCAGAAUUUUUAUUAUGGGUUUUCCCAGCUAGGAUGUGAACAAUGUGACCCUUGUAACAAAACAGGACACAUAUGUGAUCCUGAAAAUGGAAAGUGUAUUUGUCCUCCAUUAACAGAAGGGGAACACUGCCAACAUUGCGUAAAACACGCUUGGGGAUAUGAACCUGGUAUCGGUUGCAAGGAUUGCAACUGUUCCGAAAGUGGAAGUUCAAAUUUACAAUGUGACGAAAUUCAAGGUAGGUGCACCUGCAAGAUAGGAUACGAAGGUGAAAAAUGCAACAAGUGUAGCUUUGGCUAUUAUGGAUACCCGGAAUGCCAAGAAUGUAACUGCAACCGUUUCGGUACGAUUGAAGAGCAUUGUCAAGACGGCGUCUGCAAUUGCAGUGACAAUGGAAGCUGUGAGUGCAAAGAAAACGUUCAAGGACAGAAGUGCGAUCAGUGCAAACCUAAAACAUUUGGAUUAACAAGAGAAAACCCCACAGGUUGUAUACCAUGUUUUUGUUUUGAAAAAAGUAGUGAAUGUGAAGAAGCUCAUCUGAAUUGGGAUAAAAUCCGAGCGCAGAAAACAAAUAACGAAACUGAGGUUAUUGAUGUUGACUACUGGAUGUUACCAAGAAAAUUCAACGGCGACUUAACAACUUCUUACGGGGGAUACUUAGCUGUGGAUGUUAAAGGAGGAUUCUUUAGAGUAACGUUAGAAGGAAAUGGUGUCCGGUUGAAGUCAACAGCUAGCAACGAACUUCACCUAGUAGAGAACAAUUGGAACAUAGCUUCUAGGAAUUCAAAGUUCCCACACAGUUGCCACGCCAAUUUGUCGAGAACUUGUUUCAUGGUAAUUUUACAGAAUGUCACUUCUAUACUAGUUGAAGCUAACGAUAGAAUAAGAGAAAUACUGCUAGACAGAGCAAAACCAAGUAUACCUUCCUACCCACCAAGUCAUUCAAUCGAAAAAUGUGAGUGUCCUAAGGAAUAUAGUGGUUUGUCCUGUCAAGAUCCUAAUGAAGGGUAUUUCAGAUAUUUUUCAAGCGAUUCCAAGAAUAACUGGAUCGAUGUAGUUAUUGGAAAGGCGAAACCUUGUCAGUGUAAUGGUAGGUCACAUCAGUGUGAUCCAAACACGGGCGGUUGCAAGAUUUAUGUUAAAGGUUACAAAGGACAGUUUUGUGAAAAAUGCGAUGAAGGCUACUUUGACAAAGGUCGUUCUUCUGAUUCCGUGAUAUGUGAGCCAUGUGCUUGUAAUUUGUUUGGGGCACUGAAGGCAGGAAUCUGCGAUGAAUUUGGGGUUUGUCAGUGCAAGGAAGGAUUUAAAGGAGAAAAGUGCAACGAAUGUGUUAAACAGAGGGAGUAUAUCAAAAAUGGAAUAUGCACUCCAUGCGAUGAAUGUACCAUGUUACUCUUUUCCGAAAUCGACAGUUUGGUUUUAGACGUUGAAGAUACCUUCAACUUAAUCAAAGACGGAGUUAAUCCGCCCUGGAAAAUAUUGACCACCACGAUGGACAAACACCACAAGUUAUCGGAGAAAUUUUAUGAGAAAAAGAAUCGAUCAGAGGGUAUAUUAAAGCAUUCAAAAAUUGAUCAGUGUGAGAAAAAUAUAGAUAAAAUACAAAGGAAAAUGAAAAAAGGGAAUAAAAUAGUCAGGAAAAACAUUAUUAAUAUUGAAAACGUGUAUAAUUCAUCCUAUGUCUUAGUAGGAGAAAUUAAAAGGUCUAAUAAAGAAUUAAUGAAGACAAUUGAAGACCUCAAAAGUUUUGGAACAAAAGAAGUUAGUGUUAAGGAUGCUUUAAAAAGGGCGAAAGAAAUUUUAAAGCAUGUCGAAACAACAUCGAAAAGGCUUAACAGUGAAGAAGAUAGAGAAGUGUUUGGCUUUUGUUCGAAUAUGACACAAAAAGUAAUAAAUAUUUUUAAACCGCCGCCAGAUAUACCAAAGCCACAACUAAAACAUUUAAAAGAUACAUUUCAUGACUUUGUAAAUAUCACCGUUUCGGUUGAAAACAUGUGUAACAUAGCAGAAGAAAUGAAUUUUCAAAAUGUUAAAAGGACAGUCAAACUAAAAGAGAAAAUAGAAAAAUUAAAGAGCAACAGUCAAGAUCUUGAAGUUAAUAUGGGAAAUAUAAUUGAUGACAUAAAUGCCACAAAUCAUUUACUUCCCACAUUAGAAGUAGUAUAUGGAAAUUUGAAAAAUUUAUCAAACUUUACAGAGUACACACAAUUAGAAGGUAUGACAAAGCGACAAAUGGAAGAAAACCCUCAAAUCGAGGAGCUCUUCUUAACAGCAAUGGAUCACGUUCAAAAAUUGGAAUAUACAAUAGAUUCUUACAAGAACAUCUUUAAUUUCACUAAAGACGUGUGGAAGAAAAUAGAUGCCAGUGGAGCAUAUGAGACACUAGUAAGUGGAAUACAAGAGGCGAAGGAAAACGUAGAAAUAUCUCGGGAAAUAUUAAAGAAACUUACUAAACUUACCAACCCUACAGAUGCGGACAAUAUCAUAGAUAAAACAAACUUAGCUCACGCGUACUCUGACAGGCUUAAACAAAGAAUCAACAAUUUAAAAGAUAUAUCAAAGAGUGUGACUGCAAUAAAAAACAAUUUAGAUCAAUUUAAAUACAGUAUCCUUAAAAGUGGCAAAACAAAUAACGAUUUAAAUCAACUCCUCCACAAAAUGGAAUUAGACGUGACGUCACAGGCAGACAGAGUAUCGAAAUUAGAAGCAGCUAUCGAAAACAGUACAGCAAUUUCUGAUGAGAUGAGACAAAUUGAGAAAAAUGUCCAGGACAUGCUAAUUUCGAGCCAAACCAGAUUUUUUAAAAAGCACAAUUUGUAUCAGAACUUAACAACUAAAGAAGAAAUCGAAAAGCUGAAAACAAAACUAAUAGAUACAAGAGAGCAACUGGAAAGCCUGGAUAUAAGUUCCCCUAAUUUUGACGCCAGAAAGAAUUUAAAUAUUAACAACAAUAACAAGAACUUGCAAGCCAUUCAAAAGAAAAUUGAAGAAUUGAGGAACAAAAUAUAUUACGCUAAACAAGCAGCUGAUGCGAUCAACGUCGCGAUGAAUAUAUCCAACUGCCGCAUGUCCUACCAGUUACCGCAAAUGGAAGUAUUCCAGAGCUUGUCGAUUACAUUUAAAUGCGAGGCAUGUCAAUUAUUCAGGCUGUCGAACGAUGAUGGAGAGAUUAAUGUUGAAGCCGACGACUACAGUAUAAUACUAAGUUACAACAAUAAAAACAUUUUGGUACCAAAUAACGCAGAAGAUAAAGAAAAGACUAUUAAUAUACAGAAAUUAGGUUCCUUAAUCAAAAUGCAAGUUGACGAUAUGGAACCAAGACAAGCAAAAACUGAUUCCGAGUACUUCAUUAUACAUCCUAGCGAUAAAAUUGAAAUCGGUCGUACGGAUAAUAACGUAAUUGAGAAAAAAACGUACAUAUCUAAAGUCAUGCUCAAUGGAAAACAGUUUGGCCUGUGGAAAUUUUCGAGAACGGAAGGAAAAUGUACAGGCGAAAUCAGAGAUGAAACUGAUAAGCAGCCAGAUAAUGUGAACACAUUUUUCAAUGGAAAGGGAUACGCUGUGUAUGGAAGAAAUAAUAAACUCAAUCCCACGAAACUAACUUUAAGAUUUGAUUUCUGUACAUUUGAUGAAAAUAGUUUAAUUUACCUAGCCUCAUUUGACGAUGCAAACAGUUUGAUACCGCAACAGGAAAACUGUGCUUAUAUAAUAUUAUUCCUGAGGAAUGGCUAUUUAAAUUUAAUUGUUAAACAUUCAAAUGGCUUAAACAGUACUUUAACAUUGGAUAAUAAGUACAACAAUGGGCGGAGAUACCAAGCAGAAAUAAUAACGGAAUAUGAAGUAAGCAGCGGAGUGCAAUAUUACAUACUAUUUGCGAAGAAUGAGACUACUCAGGCCAAGAAGAAAAACAGCAAUCACAUUAACAGAAAAAAUGUGUUCAAAAUAAAACAAGUUUCACAUCACAUUGGUGGCGUACGACCCACAUUCUAUAAAGUUUGUCUACCCAUUAACGUUACAUCUUUCUUGGGAUUCUUAAAGUUAACUUCGCAACUAACCAACGAAGUUAUGUCUUAUGGAAUCAUGAAAACAGGUAAACAGCUUCUAGAAUUCAAUCAAGCUUGGAUCAGACCAAAUGGAUACGUGAACAUUAAGCUGUUAGAUGAAAUUAUCGAGAGUAUCAGUUUCAUUUUAUGGCCCAUUGCGCCAAAUGGACUGAUUAUGACCCUUGGUCAAUACAAUGUCUCUUUGAGCAAUUACAAAUUGAAGAUUGAUGGAGAGAAAAUCAGCUAUGACGCCAAUUUAGAUAAAAAUGAUUACAAUAUCAUUCAAAUAUCAGCAAAAGAAGGAACUUUAGUGGUCAACAGGAACGAGAAAAAUAUUAAUUUCUCAGAUGACAUCAAAAUUCAGAAUCGUAUUGUGGGAAUUGGAGACAUGAAUGAAGGAUUUAGUGGUGGAAUUAGUAAUAUAUUCAUAAAUAAUAAGGAAUUAUUCUUUACCCCAGAAAGUGUGAUCGGAUUUUCUAAUGUGGACAUCGGUAGAGAACCACCACCAGCCAAGAUUAAUAUUAAAGAAAAGGCCGUGAAGAGUCUAUCAACUCACAUCUCGAAUUCAAUGCAAAACACAGAGGGUUGCGCUACGUCUGCCAAUUAUGAAACCGAUCCAGACGCUGUUAAAUAUGGCGACAAAUCGGACAGUUAUACCCACAUAAAAACAAAUUUCUGGAAACACGACUAUAAAAUUACCUUCCAGUUUAGGACAUUUUAUCCUAACGGGGGCAUUCAAAAGCAGCAGCACUAUAAUCUAUUGGAGUUAACGGAAGGGCACUUAGGUUUGCACAUUAAGGGAAGAAGGAAAAAUUCUCCGAUAAUUUUGAAGGAGAGACUAAAUGAUGGACAAUGGCAUAACGUUGAAAUAUUCAAGCGGAAACGGAAAGUGACAAUCAUUCUAGAUGGAGACCAGAAAAAAACAUUUAAGGUUCCGAAAAAUGUUGUCAGAAAUGAAAUAUAUCUAGGAGGCAUUCCAAUGAGCUCCGACUAUUUAAACGCUAAUGAUCUGAAAUACAAACUGCAUUCAUUUAGGGGAUGUAUGAAGUUAUUAAUUAUCAACGAUGAACACCAACUAAUCAAAAAUAAAGACGUACGCCAUAAUAAUAUUCGACAGUGUUUUCCUAACGUUGAAGAAGGAGCUUAUUUUGGUGGUGAUGCAUAUGCGAUAUACAAGCUGCAAAAUGGAGCGAUUGUUAUGGCGGUAGACAUGGGAAAUGGAGCUGUGUCGAACGUCACUAAUAAUCUAGACUCGGAUUUUGCACUGUGCAACAACCUGUGGCACAACGUUACUGCCAUGUACUCCAGCUCAGAAUUAACAUUAAAUGUUGACGGUAUUCUAAAAAUCUGGGUACAGUCAGACGUGAACUCGCUAAUGGAUGAAAUCGACGCUCCAUUAUACGUUGGCGGAUUACCAGAUAACGCCCCGGUAGGAACCCUCAAAUCGAGGGAGAACUUCAAAGGCUGCAUAAGAAAACUGAAAAUUGAAAACAGACUGAUGGAUUGGUCCGAUAUGAGAGAACUGAACAACGUUUUGUUGAACUCAUGUCCACUAGGAUAUAAGAAGCAGAGGCACAGGAACGACUUAGGAAGCACCAACUACACAGUAAUUCGUGAGAUAUUAGAUAAACCAAAACCCGAUCGACUUUAG